GAGCGACAGUGUUCAGAUUUAAAAGUGAUGUUCAAUAAAAUUACAGCUCGCGAGCCGGGGCCGACUAUAUAGAAUUUAUGACCCAAAACGUCCAAAGAGUGGAUGAUAAAAUCAAGUUCACAUGAACUGAACUAGUCAUCAGCUCCAGUUCACAUGAACGUUCACAUGAACUGAACUGGUCAUCAGCCCCAGUUCUGUUUUAGCUGAUGGUGGUGCAAGGUUACAAGUAUUGGGUACAGUGGAAUUACAAAUUAAAGUAAAAAAUAUACCCACAACAGUGACGGCAUUAGUAACAUCAAUUAAACAAUUACAUCGUUAUGCAUCAAUACAAAUGAAAACUGCUGAUGAUAACAUGUCAUACCCAGCGCGAUUAAAGAAAGAGAUAAAAAUACCUUCAGGACAUGAAAUCGUUGUAACUGCAUGGGUAGGUAUACAAUCAUGUAAGUCAGCAGUAUUUCAACCAGAUCUUAGAAUGUUAUAUAAACGAAAUUUAUUAAUACCAAAUGCGUUGGUUGAAAUACAAAGUUAUAAAAUGUUAAGCACAAUUAGAAACCCAAAUAAAUAUUCGAUUAUGUUACAAACAAAUACACAAUUAGGAGAAAUAUUCCGUAUGACAUCGAGAGCAAAGAUAUUUGCUCUGUCAUCCAAUCAACUGUGCCAACAAUCAAAUAUAGACAAGAAAAUACCGUUACAUAUUAGUAUUGCAUUUGAUGCAUUAUUAAAACAUAUCGACGAUAACAGACAAAGGCAGCAAGUUCAAGACAUAUUAAAUAGGCAUUAUCAUAUAUUUGAUAUUUCAAGACCAUCAAUAGCAAAAACGAAUAUCAAACAUACCAUAAGAACUGGAAACGCAGGACCAAUAAAUUCACGACCAUUUCCAAUGAAUUUAAGUCAACAGAAAGAAAUAACAAAGAUCACCAAUGAAAUGUUAGCAUCGAAGCAAGUCCGACCGUCAAACUCUCCAUGGUCAUCACCGGUAUUAUUGGUAAAGAAAAAGGAUGGUACGGUACGUUUUGUUGUCGAUUAUCGGAAACUAAAUAAUGUUACCACAAAAGAUACGUAUCCGAUACCGAAUAUAGAACAAACAUUAAAUCGUUUAAAUAGAAAUAAAUAUUUUACUAAAUUGGAUUUAAAAAGUGGCUAUUAUCAAAUACCCAUACAGGAGCAGGACAAACAAAAAACAGCAUUUAUAACGACAACUGGGCUGUACGAGUUCAAUGAUCAUAUUAAACAUAUUGAGGAAGUACUUGUGGUGUUGAAAGAAGCAAAUUUACAACUAAAUCCACCAAAAUGUUCAUUAUUUAAGCAAGAAAUGGAUUACUUGGGUCACACUGUCACUGAUGAAGAUCUUAAACCAUUGGUCGGGUUGAUCGCUGGUCAUUGGAAUUAG